AUGACUACAUCCAACUCUCCUCUAGAUAUGGCUUACCCUUUGACCACUAUGUUAUACGAUCCUAAUCAAGGCGGGUUUUACUUAUUGGACCGCCAUUAUGCGCGGCUAGACUCUGGGGCGAAAGCCCUUUUUUCUAGUUCUGAGCAGAUGCCAAGUUUGGAACAUUUCAAGAAAGCGCUCCGGGAAUGUGUCGACGCCUUGGGCCAUGAUAUUCGUCAGCGCAUUCGAGUGGUUUUGGACAGUGAUUAUCAAUUUAAUGUCACGGCCACGGCACUGCCUAAAACCGAUACUAGACUACUGCCUUUACGACUCGACACGGUCCCAACGCCCAUCACUCCCAUGGCCACCCACAAAUCUACUGCGAGGGAUGUCUACGACAUAGCACGAACUCGCGUCCAUGCUGAUUAUGCCUCGAAUGGUCCGCUCUGCGAUCGUCCCUUCGACGUAUUAAUGUGGAAUCCGUCGGGCAAUAUCACUGAGACCAGCAUUGCCAAUUUUGCUGUUUAUUUACGUGGCCCUGAACUGCUAUCAGCAGUGCCAACCUGGAAUCGCGGUCCUCGAGAGCUGGCAAAAGGCACAUACGUAACGCCAAGUUUAUGUAAAGGCCUAAUUGCCGGUGUUAUGCGUACAGAACUCCUGGAGAAAGGAAUGAUUGUGGAAGGGACGAUCACCAGAGACGACGUGAUGAGGUACUCCAAGAAUCCCGACUCGUAUAACAUGAUUUGUUUCAAUGCCGUUCGUGGAUCGUACCCGGUCUACCUGAUGGAUGGACAACCAGAGUUUCAACAUACUCGCGCCGGUCUUUUCCAGAAAGCUAAACACAAUUAUCUCGCUCCACCCAAUCUCAGCAUCCCUGCACCGAACUUUUCUAUUGGCCUACGUACCGGUGACACCACCCCUGGUACCACGCCUCCAUUGACGCCCAUUUCUUCCAUACGUCCCUCGAGCUCGUCGUCUCCUCCCUUGGUCGGCUCUGAAGUAGACUUCCUACCUGAGACACUUUUACCACCGGCAGACCUCACCCCGCAUACUCCAUUUCUAUGGCGCCGAGGCGUUAUAAUUGACUGCUACGAUUCGUACACAAACAACCUACUUCAGCUAUUUGAACAAGAAACCAACACUCCAGCUGGGUUCGACGCUACCUUGUCUGCUCACGUCGCCAUUCUCCGAGCGGAUCAAAUAUCGUGGCCCGAGUUCCGCUCUCAAGUGCUCCCAAAUUUAGACUUUGUGAUUCUUUCUCCUGGCCCCGGUUCGCCUCAUGUGCCUGCUGAUAUAGGAGUUGCUGGAGAUCUUUUGUUAGCCUUGACUGCGAAGGAAUUGGCCAUCCAGCCGAUACCCGUCCUUGGUAUUUGCUUAGGCCACCAGGCACUAGCUGCUCUCCUCGGGGGAAGAGUGGUAUCUUCUGGAGAAUUGGUUCAUGGGCGUACUGUACCUAUUCAGCACAACGGAACGGGGGUAUUCAAAGGCAUGACUCCCAGGCGGGUCCUUCAUAUGAUCAGGUACAACAGCCUCACAGUCGAUCCCGCAACUCUCCCUUCUGAGCUGGAUAUUGUCGCUGUUAACCCGGAGGACGGGGAAGUCAUGGGCUUACAGCACAAGACGCUACCGUUAUAUGGUGUUCAGUUUCACCCCGAGUCAAUUUCUUCCCGGAGAUCCAACUAUAAUAUCGACGCCGGAAAGCUUAUUGUCCGCAACUUCAUGGAUAUAGUAGACGACUUCUGGGUUGCCAAUGGUCGACCCCAGCGCUUACCCUUGCCUCUUGAUGUCCGAAAGCUCUGCGUUUUGAAUACGGUAGACUCCGCCCUUGACGACUCGUCGAUCAUCGAAAACCUCGUUGCUCGUGAUCCAAUCUACUCGGUCAAGCGAUACGAUAUUGGCUCUAUUAUCCCCUCCUUUGCCCAAAGUCGCCCAGAUCUUAUUUUUGAAGUAACUACAUAUUCUCCUCAUGCGCCCUUCUUCUGGCUUGACUCAGCAGCUGCCGCGCCUGGAGACAAAUAUGCACGGUUUUCGUACAUGGGAUUGACAUCCUUCGACCGCUGCAUAUCGUACGACCUGUCUUCAGACCGAGUGACUUAUGGAUCAGGCAAAUAUAUCCAGCUGAAGGAAGGCGACACGUUCUGGCAAUGGAUGGAUCGUAUUCAGGUCGACCUAUCGGCUCUUGUUCAGAUCGAAGAGGGUGCCGAGGGCUUACAGUGCGGGUUUGUGGGGUACUUUGGGUACGAAAUGAAGGUUGGGUCACUACCAGGGUAUGACCGCGCAUCUCUCAGUGAUUCCUCCGCGCCCCACGCGCCCGAUGCUCAAUUCAUGUUUGCUGAUCGACUCAUUGCUUAUGAUCACUGGAACAAAACUUGGACUGCGUUUGGUCUCGUACGCACCGGAACCGAGGAUCGUAUCAAACCGAUACUCGAACAAGAAACAGAGAUGCAAGUCGGAAUGUCUGACUCGGAGUUCUCUGGUUGGUUAGAAGAUAUCAAGCAACGCUUCUCGAAACUUGCUUCGGCUGGUGAACCCACCAGCCCACAAUCUCAGACCGAGCCUUUGCCCUUGUCUUUCACAUAUGACUCUGGGUCCGAAGUGUACAAAUCGUCUAUUCAAGCUUGCAAGUCUCACAUAGCGGAUGGAAACUCGUACGAACUUUGUCUCACUGGCCAGUUUAGUGCAUCGGCUCGCGGGCACAACCUCGAUUACUGGGCAGUGUACAAACAUUUCCGCGUCCAAAACCCCGCAUCACACGCUGCCUUUGUGUCUUUCCCCAUGACCCAGACGACGAUUAUAUCGUGUUCUCCCGAGCUGUUUAUUCGAUUCGAUGGAGCUAACGGUAGGCAAGCUGCGAUGAAACCCAUCAAGGGUACGUUGAAGAGAAGUAAAUGCGCGUGUGGCGGGUUGUGCAAGAUACCCAUGUGCGGUUCUCGGAAGGCGGAAUGCGAUGCAUCGAGGUACAAGAUGGACAAAGAGCGCGUUCGUGCAUUUGUGAAUGAUCCUAAGGAGACAGCAGAGAAUCUAAUGAUCGCAGACUUGAUUCGAGCCAACCUUCUCGAGUUUUGCGGGACAUCUAGUGUAGAUGUUCCCAAAUUGAAUGCUCUUGAAACCUAUGAGAAUGUUUACUCGCUCGUGUCAACCAUCACAGGUGAACUACUCCCAUCGGUUGGUACUGUGGAAGGUGUUAGGAGAUGCUUCCCUCCUGGCUCUAUGACGGGUGCUCCUAAGCUACGCUCGGUACAGCUAUUGGACGGUCUCGAAACAACCUCGCGUCGGGGAAUAUAUUCUGGUUGUUUGGGUUUCCUAAGCCUAGAUAACCGAGCAGUGUUCAGUGUCGUCAUUCGAACUCUGGUAGCCUAUCAGGACCAGCUCACUUACGGUGCGGGAGGAGCAAUCACCUGGCUAUCCGAUGUGGAUGGGGAAUGGAACGAGGUGGUUUUGAAGGCUCGCUCCGUGUUGAAGGAUCGGGUUUUGGAAUCUAAUUAG